UCCCGUUGUUCCCUCUGCGGUCACUCUGGUGCAGGCCACCAUCGAGCCUACCCUGGGAACCUCUUUGCUCCUCCUUCCACUUCUGGCAAAGGAGUGGCCCCGGGCUUCCGCAAGGAUGGUUUUGCAGGGCCUUUCAAAUCACGCUCGCUCUUGUGUCUCAAACGUUGCAGUUGCUUUCCAUUAUUAUGCGGUUUGCGGGACCUUCACCCUCUGGUCCUCGCCUCCCUUUCCUGAUACCUCAGCAUCUCUAGCAUCUCUUCCCCAGCGGCGUGAACUUCCUUCAUUUCGUUAAUGUUGUUGCCUGGGGUACUCUUUCUGCUUCAUGCCCCCUUUGGCUGGCACUCUUCAGAUGCAGGGUUGAAAGGUCACUUUCUCCAGGACAUCUUUUCUCUCCCCUUCAGCUAAUUCAUGCUUCUGCUGUUUCCUUAGUAUCCUUAGAAUUCCCAGACUUGAAUGUGCACAUCUUCUUGUACUAUUACCUGCUCAUUUGUUGUUUUCAUGGAUUCUAAGUUCUGUUGAGGCCAGUAACUGUUUUUACGCUAAUACUUUAUGGUUUGGUACAUUGUGGAUAAUCCAGAAAUACUUGCUGAAGAAGAAAGGUGGUUGUGGGGCCGAAGGUUGGCUGAUUCUAUAGGAAUUUUGUGAGAAUCACAAUCAUACAUGGAAAAAAUGCCUUCUAAAUUCUUACACACUCCCCCCCAAGUUCUGACACAUUCCCCAAAGACAGCUGCUCUUCACCAUCAGUAGCCAGCCUGAUUUUCCAAAUGGCUGCAGCUCCUCAAGCACCGGGGCGGGGUUCCAUCCGGAAGACAAGACCUUUAACUGUAAAGACAUCGUUAAACAACCCAUAUACUAUCUGCUGGACUACUCUAGAGAGAGAAGACAUGCACUUCAUAUUACAGACACUUCAAGACAGAUUUAAAUCUCUUGGGCUUCAGAAGAUUGAGGAUAAGAAGAGAAAGAAAAAGCAGUUUUUAAAAAAACAAAGCCCAGACAAAUGUAGCACAGAAGUUGAUAAGAGCGAGGAUCUGAAAGAGAAACAACCAGAAGAUAAUGAGCAAGGGUCAGGGUGGACUCCUGUGCUCGUCAGGAGGCAGCUUGCCAUCGGUGUUAAUGAAGUGACCAGAGCUCUGGAAAGGAAUGGGCUGCUGCUGGUCCUCGUGUGUAAGUCAGCCAAGCCUGCCAUCAUCACCUCCCACCUGAUUCAGUUGAGCUCCAGCAGAUCAGUGCCUGCUUGUCAGGUUCCCCGUCUCAGUGAGACACUCGCACCUGUCAUUGGCUUAAAAUGUGUCCUGGCCUUGGGGUUCAGAAAGGACACCACGGCUUUUGUUGAGGAGGUAAAAGCCAUAAUUCCCCGAGUACCCAGUUUACAUGUACCAUGGCUGCAUGGGCAGCCUAAAGAAGCCUGGGAAAAUGUAGACACUGAAUCUCUGGAAAGCCAGGACAAGGAGAUUUUAGAAACUUCCUUUGAAGACCUCUCUAAACAUAAAAAGAAGCUUGUGGAAGGUCAGCAGGCUGUAGUGUUACAACCCCUGAAAAUAAAGAAAGUGAUUCCAAACCCCAGUAAGAUAAGGAAACCACCCAAAAGUAAAAAACCGACUUCAAAGUAAUCUCCUAUAAACUUGUAGUUUCCUACAGCUGUAAAAAGACACUCUGUAAAGAAGCCUUAAAACAAAUAAAAUGUGUUAUUUUUAUA